AUGGCCUCCAACGACGUGGACUUCCGGGCGCUGUACCAGAGCUCGCUCAAGCUGACGACAUCACUCGGGGAGCUGGGCAUCCCUCGGCUGGAGAAGCGCCUGGAGCAGCUGGACGACGCGUCGCGCGCGCAGGCCCCGGCCGGCAGCCGCAAGCGCCCGGCCGCCGCGGGCGCCGACAAGGCCAACUUCCUGCUGGCAGCCAAGGGCAUCGACGCCGAGAAGCUCAGCAAGGAGCUGCAGCAGUUCGAGAUCGCGCCCGAGUUCGAGCCCGAGACGCCGCUGGGCGAGACGGACCUCGAAGGGUAUCUGGCCCACCACCACGAGAUGAUCGUGCUCACGGCCAUCGAGGACGUCAACCGCCGCACGGUGGAGGCCACCCACGACCGCAUGAAUCGCGCCAUGAUCGACGACUUCGAGGACGCCAAGCAGCGGCUGCUGGAGGACCUGGGCGGCGCCAAGACGCUCGGCAUCCGCAACUACCCGCGCGUGCUGGAGCAGGACGAGGCUGCGGGCAGCAUCUUCGCCUCUGCAGCUCGUGAGAAGCGCCAGGCGCUGGAGCCGGCGUCGGGUCUGGGUCUCAGCGGCGCGGGCUUCGCGGGCCAGCCGCGCUUCCAGUCCACGACCAGCUCCAUGACGCCGUCCCUGCAUAUGUCGCAGCUGCACGUGGAGAACGCCAUGACGGAGGAGAUGAAGCAGUACUACUCGACCAUCAAGGAGCUCAACAGCAGCAGGGUGCCCAACACGCGCAGCCAGUUCGAACUCGCGCGCCACUUCCAGCGCGUGUGCUCUUCGAACGUGUCCGUCUCGGUCACGGGAUCCAAAUGGGAGGCCGUGCUCAAGUGCUGGCAGCUGGUGAACGGCAUGCUGGCCGGUGGAGACCCUACCCAUCCCAACGCCUCCAAGCUGGCGGAGCGGGAGUUCGCUGCCGUGAGGGAGGGAAGCGACGAGGCGCAGCGCACGCUGCUCCAGCACCGCUUCGCCUUCGGCGCGCGCGUGUUUCUCGAGAACCAGUUCCGGGCCUUUGUGCAGGAAACGGUGCAGAAGAACAACCUCGCUACUGGCGGCAUUCCGGACCUGGUGUCGACGAUUCGCGCGUUCGUGAAGCACCUGCACAGCUCGCGCUACACUGCUAACGGCAGUGGCAGCGGCACGGACGUCGACAACAUUUGGGCGAUUAUCUACUACUGCCUCCGUUGCGGUGGCGACCAGGAAGCUGUCAACCUCGCCACCAGCCUGUCGGGCGCGGACUCCCCCAUUGACGCUGACGUUGUGUGUGCGCUAAGAUACCGUGCGCACCAGAAGAGCCUCUACGCGGAUCGCAAUGCCAACCCGUUGAACGCGUUCUCGAAGCAGUUCCCUGCUGAGUUUGACCGUUUAGUGGACCGUUACCACCGCUUGGUCAGCUCCUCGAUCGACGCUGUCCCUGUCGUGAACCCGUUCGAGCGCUGCGUGGUGAACCUCCUGUGCUUCGGCAAUGUGAAUGCGAGCGAGUCGCGUGUCCUGACUACUGUGGAAGACUACCUGUGGCAGCGCCUUUGCUUCAUCCAGCGCGUGGCCGCGACAAGCUCGGGCCCGGACAGCACGUACACAAUUACAAAGCUCUCCCAGAGUAUCCAGAGGUUUGGACCGGCGCACUUCGAAGGCGGAGCCCAGCCGGGUGGAGGCAACUUCACAUCAUUCUUGUACUUCGAAAUUCUACUGAUCACGCAGGAGUUCGAGAAGGCGAUUAAAUACCUGGCAUCCAAGGGUUUCCUGCUCGAGGCGGUGCACUUCGCGAUCACAUUGAACCACUUCGGCCUUCUGGAAUGCACAUCGUUCUCGAUGGGAGAGGAGGAUGAGACGACGAUCGACCUGGUGCGCCUUGUUCGCCAGUACAUCCACGGCUUCCAGCGCGCCAACGCCGCGGAGGCGGCCGACUACGUGGCUUGCAUCUCGGACUUGGCAGCGAAGAAAGAGCUGCUUGCGGAGCUACUGCUCGACACGCGCAAGUUCGACGUGCUGGCUGGAUUCACAAACAACACAGACGGCUCGCGUACGCGCGGCCUGUACGACCACCUGCUGAAGGACGAGCCUGAAGAUGAGGUCAAGGAGCUGAUUCUCUCGGCUGCACGCAAGGCCGAGGCUCGUGGUCGCCCGCACGAUGCGUUUGCGUUGCUGAAGAGCGCUGGUGAUAUCGAGGGUGUUAUUGUGCUGCUCAACUCGCAGCUCAGCUCGACCCUGUCCGCUACUCGGCCAGAGCGCGAGGAGUGGUUCCGUGAGGCCAAGGAGUUCGCCGAGAAAUGGAUGCGAUUCCCGUGGGUGCAGACAAUCGCGAACCGGCAUGCGCGCACCGCUGCAAUUGCCUUCCAGACGCUGCUGAACAUCAGCAUCUUCCUCGAGAUCUACGAGAAGCAGCAGUACGAGGACGCCAUCGCGUUUGUCGAUGAGCUGGAGGUUGUGCCUACGCAGAACUCUAGCAACCUGGCGCUCUGCGUGGACCGCUUCCUCGCCUUCGACGAGAGUGUGCGUCAGAACUUCCACAUCCUGCUGCUCGGAUACAUGGAGUGCCUUGUGCGCGAUGCCGACCGCCCGAAGACGCAAGCUUCGGGUGAAUUGCGGCGUGCUGGCGUCGCUGCCCUGCGCGAAAAGGCCGAGCUCCUCGUCACAUUUGCCGGCAUGAUCAAGUUCCGUCUACCGUCGGGUACCAACGAGCGGCUGAACCGCAUGGAGGCCAUGAUCUAUUAG